UAUUGUGAGGUUGUCAUUUUAACACUGAAAUAGGAAGACCACAGUUCUAUAUUAAAUAUUAUACUUUCUGAAUUUAUUCCUUUUUUUUGUUCUUUAAAUAAAGUCUCGACCCAACGUUGCCAAAUAUCGCGUGCCAGCCAGCGACCUUCAUCACCCCACUCCUCCUCCUCCUCCUCCUCCUCCUCCUCCUCUGCUCCACAUGCUCCGCUAUUCUCUCCAUCUCCCCGCCAGAUCCUGAACCAAGCGCCGAAUACACCUGCUCCUCACUCCGGACCGGAACCGCCGACGCUGCAGCUUCAGAACUAUCGCAAACAACUCUCGUCAUGGCAUCAGUGCUGCAGAAGCUCAUCAGUCCUCUGGCCGGCAGCUCCGCCGAGCCUCCCAGGAACAAGGUGACGGUGGUGGGUGUGGGUCAGGUGGGCAUGGCCUGUGCCAUCAGCAUCCUGCUGCGGGACCUGUGUGACGAGCUGGCCCUGGUGGACGUGAUGGAGGACCGUCUGAAGGGCGAGAUGAUGGACCUGCAGCACGGGAGUCUUUUCCUUAAGACGUCCAAGAUCGUGGCGGACAAAGACUACACCGUCACCGCCAACUCUCGCGUGGUUGUGGUGACAGCCGGAGUCCGUCAGCAGGAGGGUGAGAGUCGCCUCAACCUGGUGCAGCGCAACGUCAAUGUCUUCAAGUCCAUCAUCCCUCAGAUCAUCAAGUACAGCCCCAACUGCACGCUCAUCGUUGUCUCCAACCCUGUUGAUGUUCUGACCUACGUGACCUGGAAGCUGAGCGGUCUGCCCAAACACCGGGUCAUUGGCAGCGGCACCAACCUGGACUCGGCACGUUUCCGCUACCUGAUGGCGGAACGUCUCGGCAUCCAUGCCAGCUCCUUCAACGGCUGGGUUCUGGGAGAGCACGGCGACACCAGCGUUCCCGUGUGGAGUGGUGCUAAUGUAGCUGGAGUGAACCUGCAGAAGCUCAAUCCUGAAAUCGGCACCGAUGCCGAUAAGGAGCAGUGGAAGGCGACACACAAGGCUGUGGUGGACAGUGCGUACGAGGUGAUCAAGCUGAAGGGCUACACCAACUGGGCCAUCGGUCUGAGCGUGGCCGACCUGACUGAGAGCAUCGUCAAGAACAUGAGCCGGGUCCAUCCGGUCUCCACCAUGGUCAAGAACAUGUACGGGAUAGGCGAAGAGGUCUUCCUGUCGCUGCCCUGUGUCCUCAACAACAGCGGCGUGAGCAGCGUGGUCAACAUGACGCUGACCGACGAUGAAGUGGCUCAGCUGAGGAAGAGCGCUGACACUCUGUGGGGGAUCCAGAAGGACCUAAAGGACCUGUAGGCCUCUCAGCCGACUCUCUGACCCACACCAGCGCGACCCAGGCCGGUCACUGGAUACGCACACGCUCCUCCUUCUCUUGCCGGGGUGGUUUAACAAAUGGAUUAGUUUUUAAGUUAUUGAGUUUACCACCAAGCACUUACUGCUGCCACAGUAAGGUGAAGCACAUCUGCUCCUGUGUGUUAGAGUGUCAGUGUUUGUUAGUGUGUGUUAGUGUGUGUUUACGCCAGAUGAAUCCACUGAGCCAAAAGAUUCUUCUUGUAUCCGUGCCAACUCCUGAUCGUGUUCCCUUCCUCCAGCACUGAGCCUGAAACUGACCGUCGUGGCACAAUUGAACAAAAGCACAUUUAAAGCCAUUUUAGGUGCAACAGAUGAAACCGUGGCCAUGUGACCUCGAGCUGCAAUCAUGUGACGCAAUAAAGGUGAAAGACAGUAUUUUGUUUUUAUUGAGAAAUCCUCCUUUUCAAAAUAGAAAAAAAAUGUAAUUCAAACUGAAUUCAAAGUAAUUAUGUUGCAUAUCACUUUUUUGAUAUUUUGUAAAGUUUCCUUAUUUAAACAAUGGUUUUUUUUUUCGCUUUGACUGUUUUUAUUUUAACUAAUUCAUUCAACAAAUUCAUUAUUUUUAUGGAACAGUGAAACUCUUUCUGUUGGGGCCAUGAUGGACGAAAGUCCAAACAGGGAAAAAACCCUUACAAUAUAAAUACACAUUACUGAUAGACAUAACAUUACUGUCUCUAAUUAUGUAGGUUAUAUGUUAUUAUAAUAAUAAAGUACUAUUAUUAUGACCGUUGGGAUAGGCGCCAGCACUCGCCACAACCCUGAACAGGAUUCAGCUGUGGUUAAUUGAAGAUGUAUAUAUGUAUGCAUGUAUGUAUUAUUAUUUAAUAGCUUCAAAUUUAACUUCUAAAAUGUGAGACUUUUCAGUGUUAAGUGAUGAAUUACUAAGUAGCACAUUGUUUGCUGCCAAAAAAAAUGGAAGCAUGAAAAACAUACUUCAGUAGAACUUUAAAAAAACACGCUAACAAGUAAAAAAUAUUUUUACAAAAACAACAAAACAAACAAAAGAAAAAAGGAAUUUGUGUAUUACAAUACAGUAAACAAUAGAAAAAUGUCAAGGGAUACUUGAGUACAAUAGUAAAAUAGUAAUGGAGUUGGAAAAUUCUCAAAUUGAAGAAUAAAUAGAAGUAAUACUCAUGGAGGAGACAAUAUAUGAUUGAAAAAGUAAUAACAUAAAAAUAAUGAAACAAUAUGCCAAAAAUGAAAGUCAAAUAUUAACAAAUAUCUCAAUUUUUUCCCUCACCUGUGAGGUGCAUUUCUCAGGUCAGAUUUACAACUCCUCCCAGUCAAUCUUGGCAUCAAGUCAUUCAAGUGUUCGUAUUGAUUGAAUGUGCGAAAAAUGAAAAUACUCACAUUUGACUCAUUCAGAUUUGUCUUUAAAGUUACAAAGCAAAACAGCUUUAAACUCCCACUUGGGCAAAAUAUGUGAAAUAAUACAAUUAAAAUUUUAUUCAACACCUU